AUGGAUAUGAAAAUAAAGUCUUAUUUAUGUAAUAAAUCAAAUAUACAUGCAGCAGAUGAUGAUGAUGAAGAUGAACAUCAUGCACCAUACAUGCUUAUGUUUCUCUUUUUUAUUCUAUUUAUUGGUUGUCUAUUCAAAACAAUGUUUUCUUCCUUACGUAUUCCAUAUACAAGUCUUAUUAUAUUUCUUGGUUUUAUAGGUGGUAUCCUAUUUAAUAUUUUCAGUAAAGAUGAUACAUUUGUUACAAUAACAACAACAACAUCACCUGAUUUACUUGUUGCUAUUUUUCUACCAACACUCAUUUUUGAAUCAGCUUAUCGUACUGAAUAUCAUGCAUUUAUGAAAUCACUCUAUUCUAUUCUAUUCAUUUCAAUUAUUGGCUAUGUUCUAUCAUUAUUUAGUAUUUCUAUAAUGUAUAAAUAUCUUUUUAUUUUUCAACAAUGGACUUUUGUUCAAUGUUUAAUAAUGGGUAUUAUUGUUAGUACUACACGACCUGUAACACUUAUACGUGAAGCAGAUUAUGGAAAAACAAAACGAUUGAGUAUUAUACUCGAAGGCGAAGCUGUGAUUAAUAAUAGUUUAGCAAUUAUUUUAUUUAAUAGUAUAAAAAGUUUUGUUGUAAAUGAUCAAACUUCGCAUAGUAAGGUAGAGUUUUUCAAAACAACAGCAAUAGCAUUAGUAGGAGGUAUUGGACUUGGUUGUAUUGCUGGUCUAUUAGAAAUUAUUAGUUUACCUUAUUUUUAUGAUGAUCCCAUAAGUGAAGUUACGAUUACUAUUGCUAUUCCUUAUAUGCUCUAUUGGUUAUGUGAACAAGUCUAUUGUUCAGGUGCUGUUGCUAUUGUCAUUCUUGGUCUUCUACUAUCAAAUUAUAAAACUGCUAUUAGUUCAGAAGCUACUAUUUUCAUGGAAAAAUUUUGGGAUAUGUUAGCAUUAAUUGCUAAUACAAUUAUUUAUCUUCUUGCAGCAUUAACAGUUGUUGAAUUAAUUAAACCAAAUGCACAAAAUUCUUUGGAAUACAAUACGAUUUUAUUUGAAAUAGGAUUAGCUAUUAUCAAUUAUUUACUAUGUUAUUUUUUCAGAAUUAUUAUUAUAAUUAUUUUAACAUUAUGUACUAAAUUAGGUCGGUUCUAUCAUUUAUCAUGGAAAGAAUGUUUAUUAAUUACUUGGGGUGGUUUUAAAGGAUCUGUAUGUUUAAUUCUUGCAUUAGCACUUGUAGGAGAAUUUCGACUAACUGAAAAUCCAUCAAAAUUUCAAUAUCAAAUUUUAAUACAUACAAUUAUUAUUGUCUUUCUCUCAAGUUGUAUUAAUUCAACUUAUUCACUUUUACUUAAAAUAUUAAAUUUCACAACAAUGUCUCAAACAAAAUAUCUUUAUAUGACACAAUGUGUAGAUUCAUUAUAUGCACUUGUACAAGAAAAAAUUCGAUUAUUAAAAAAAAAUAAAUAUUUAGCUAAUGCUGAUUGGAAUUUUAUUGAAAGAAAUUUUUAUAUUGAAAAUCCUCAUAUAAACAAUUCAAAUUCUCAACAAAUACAAUAUAAAGAUUUAUAUGAAGAAGCUCGAAUUCGUAUUCUUAAUAUUCAAAAAACAAGUUUCUGGAGACAAUAUAGAGAUUAUGAAAUUUCAACACAAGCUGUUCGGAUUCUAUCUUCACUUUGUGAUUUUGCCAUUGAUCGAAAAGAUCAAUACAUUAGUAUUGAUCAAUUAAAAUAUUAUUAUAGACCAAGAACAUUUGAUUUUAUAUGGAAAUAUUUAGAAAAAUUAGUCAAAAAAAUUCAUACUUGUGUUCGUAAUGAUUGGCGAAAAUAUCAUAAAGUACCCGAAAAUAAAUGGCGUUUAUUUUAUUAUAAUAUUCUUAAACAUAAACGAUUUAAUUGGUUUAUUACAUUUAUUAUUAUUCUUAAUGUUACAUUAGCGAUUAUUCGAUCUAUAUAUAUAACAGCUAAUUUAAAUAUUCUUCUUGAACGUAUAGCUAAUCGUUAUGUUACACUUUCACUUGAAUUAUGUAAAGCAUAUAUUAUAAGUGAAGAUGAUGUACUUUCAAAAUUAUAUCGUAUUAUUGAAAUUGAUCAAAUUCGAAAUCAUUUUUUUACAGAUUCAAUAAAACGACGUGAUGAAAUUAUUAAUGAAUUAACUUGUAUUCAAAGUGAACACCCAAAUGUAUCAGCUAGUGUUAAAACAAGUGCAGCUAUUCAAAUAUUACUUAAUUAUUCUAAAAAUAUGAUUCAUCAUAUGACAAGUAAAGGAUUAUUAGGAGAAAAUGAAUCACAUCAAAUUACAGAGGAUAUUAAUAAACGACUUCAUACAGAACUUGUUCCACCUGUUUCAGUUUUUCCUAUUCCAUUAAAUCUUUUACAUAUAUUUCCAUGGCUUCAUGAUCCAGAUGUACUUGAAUACGUAUUAAGUCGUCUUCAUGUUAAAUUAUUUUCCUUAAAUGAAUACAUUUAUAAAAUAAAUAAUGAUACUCAAGCAUUAUUUUUUAUAACUGCAGGUUAUGUUGAGAUCGUAAGAAAUACAUCAAAAUAUCAUGAUGCUUUAUCAAUAGAAAAAUAUUCGGAUGAAAAUGAAAGUUUCUAUCGUUUAUUACAUGCACCAGGUGAUAUUCUAGGUCAUAUUGAUUUACUUAAUGGACAAAAAUAUACAGAAACAUGCAAAUGUAUAACGAAUACACUCGUUUGGUAUUUAAAAUCGAAUGAUUUAAUUGAUCUUAUUGAACGAUUUAAUCAUUUACGAAUAUUAGAAAAGAUUUGGCAUUAUACAGCAAUACAACUAGCUGAAUUUAUUUUAUAUGAAUAUUUAAAUACAUUGCCAAAUCAUGCAACAGAACAAGAACGUAUUCAUAUUUAUGGGCAUUUAAAACGUGCAUUUCUUAUACCUGAAUCAUAUAUAAUUGAACAUAAUAUAAUUUAUUCAUCACAUGAACUUAUUCUUAUACAAGGUCAAUUACAAAAUAUGAUUUCAUCCUUAAUUUAUACAGGUCCAUGUUUUAUUCAAAUUGAACUUGGUCAAUGUGGUCUUAAAAUUUUAAAUAUAUCAGAAACAAAAAUUCUUGCUCUUCGAAGUCCACAUCAUACAUAUCAUGAUGAAUUUAUUCUAUCAAAUGAUUUACCUGAUUUGCUAAAACAUGUUAUUUAUGAUGAAAAAUUAGAUAUACUGUUACCACGUAUUAGUCUUAAAUAUAAACAUUUUACUUCAUUAUCAAAUACGAAUGAAUCAAUAAUAGAAACAAAUAAGAAAACAUUAUUAGGUCGAUUUUUAGAAAGUCUACCGAAAUUUCAACGACGUAUGAUCUAG